AUGGCUCCAAAUGAUGACUGCGCGUCCUCUACCCUCCUCUGCGUGGAGGACAGCAGUUGCAUUCUUGGCUUUGAUAAUGAGGACGAUGCUGAUGAUCAGGAAGAGCAUGAUCUCAAUCGGUUUUAUGUACGAAAAAGAUGCGAACUUUAUGGGGAUCUCCGCAUGGGUUUUCCGUCACAAGCGGAUGAGUGCUUGGUCUCUUUGGUCAGGCGAGAGACCGAGCACAUGCCGAGGGACGACUAUGCCGAGAGGUUGCGGUCUGGAGCAUUGGACUUGUCCAUUAGGAGAGACGCCAUUGGUUGGAUUUUGAAGGUUCAUGCCCACUAUAGGUUUGGACCAUUGAGUGCAUAUCUAUCUGUAAAUUACUUGGAUCGAUUCUUCUCCAACUAUGAGCUUCCUAAAGGCAAGGCUUGGAUGACACAACUACUAUCUGUGGCCUGCUUAUCAUUGGCUGCUAAAAUGGAGGAAACUGAAGUCCCUUUGUCAAUGGAUUUGCAGGAGAGGGAGACAAAGUAUGACUUCGAGGCAAAGACUAUCCAGAGAAUGGAGCUUCUGGUUCUGAGCACCCUUAAAUGGAGGAUGCAAGCUGUGACUCCUUUCUCUUACGUUGAGUUCUUCCUUCACAGAUUCAGUGGUGGCAACGCGCCGACUAAAGUUGAGAUCUUUCGAUCAGUAGAACUCAUUUUGAGCACAAUUACAGGCACAGAGUUCUUAGCAUUCAGACCAUCCGAAAUCGCUGCAGCCAUUACACUGAAGGUUCUGGGAGAAACACAAGACGUGGGUAUCGAGAAAGCAGUGUCAUGUUGUAUCCAAGUAGAAAAGGAGAAGGUGUUGAGAUGUUACGAGGUGAUCAAGGACAUGGAAUCGAUGAGAGAUAGGCCACCCAGAAAUGCUCGCAUUUCACUUUCCUCGGUGCCACAAAGCCCAAUUGGUGUGCUGGAUGCUGCAUGCUUGAGCUAUAAGAGUGAUGAUUUUAGACAUGCAACAUGUAAUCAUAGUUCUUCUGCUAGUAAGAGGAGGAAAAUAUAA